AUGGGCUCAAGGGAAACCCUAACCUCCAACGCUACAGAUGAAUAUCCAAAUCAAGCAAUCAAAAUUUACGCCAAAGCUGUCCAAACAGAUUCAUUCCCAAAGAAAGAACAACCAAUAGUCAUAGACGCACUAGAUGGUAUAAGCUUUAAAGAAUAUAAAAUGGACCCAAGGGUGGUUGAUGGUUUUCAGGAUCCAUUAAUUAUUGCAAAAGAAAUCCUUGCCGAAGUACUGGAUUGUCCUGAUUACAUUGUGAACCCAUGUACGUUCUGGUACUUGGAUACCAUCGCUGCAGCAUUGAACAAAGCGCAGAAGGACACUUCAAUGACGUUAGCAGAGCAGAAACAGAUGAUUGCUUGGUUUGGCCACAUAAUGAACAUAUUUCGAGAAAAACGAUGGUCACGAGAAGAAAUUCUGUGCAAUGUAAAUGCGGACAUCAUGGUCAUUGGUUAUAACCUUGAUAAUUUUAGCUGGGUUGCUCCUGCUCCUCAACCCGCCCGGUCUUACCUGAUGACGGCCACUACCUCCAGAUCAUUUACCCAAGUGGAGGUUCCCAAAGGGUGGAUUUACCUUCCAUACAUUUUU